ACUGUUUGGUGGCGUUAGUGUCGAGUCAUUGAAAGAUCACUUUGUUAUCAAUUGGUCAACAAUUUCGGUGAUAACCAUGUCUUUGGUUAACCACUUAAGAUUCUUGCCAUUCAAAUGCGCACCACUGAUGACCAAAUUGUCAUCGAUGGUCACAGUCGGUACUCGAAACAAACAUACUUUGCCUGAUCUGCCCUACGAUUACAAUGCAUUGGAACCGGUCAUCAGCGCUGAGAUUAUGCAAUUGCAUCACCAGAAGCAUCAUCAGACAUAUGUCAAUAACUUGAAUGUUGCCGAAGAAAAACUACACGAAGCUAUUGCUAAGAAUGACAUAUCAGCACAGAUAGCUCUUGAACCUGUUCUUAGGUUUAAUGGCGGCGGACAUAUAAAUCAUACCAUAUUCUGGAACAACUUGUCGCCCAAAUGCGGCGGUGAACCCGAAGGCGAUCUUUUGAAUGAAAUUAAAAGUUCUUUUCAGUCGUUUGAAUCAUUCAAGAAUCAGAUGAGUGCGGCGGCUACUGCUGUCCAGGGCUCGGGUUGGGCGUGGCUCGGGUACUGUCCAAAGUCAAACAAGUUACGAAUCGCCGCCUGUCCUAAUCAGGACCCGUUGUUGGCUACCACUGGUUUGGUACCACUGUUUGGUAUUGAUGUUUGGGAACACGCAUACUAUUUGCAGUACAAGAAUGUCAGACCUGAUUAUGUAAAGGCCAUCUGGAAUGUCGCCAAUUGGAAGGACAUCGAGGAACGGCUUCGCGCCGCUAAAGCUCUUUAAAUAAGUGAUUAUUUUUUCUCAAUUAAUGAUUAUUUUCCUAAAGUGACAUAAAAUCUCAAUAAUAAUAACUAUUAUUAAAGUCGAUUCAAUGAUAAAUUUACAAUACGGUAAUUCAAUUAACAAAUUAGUAUCAAUUUUUAUCGAUAUUGUCCUCAAAUUUAUUGUAAUGUUUAUGAUUA